GAGACAGAAACCAAGUGAGAUUUGUGGAGAGAGGAAAGCUAGACUUGUUUAUCUCGUUCUUGCAUAACUCCAGAAGGAGGGACAGACUGGUGUAAACAGAGCAGGAUGUGACAGUAGACAGACAAGGCUGUUGGACUGGGCUGGAGGAAUACACGCAGACACACACCAAAAGAUGUCUGGGACACCACCCCCAGUACGUCCUAGGAAGCCAUCAGGUGUUAGAGUCAUGCCCCAUGAUGGUCAACUUCCUUCCCAUGGCUACGCAAAGGUGUUCAAAGUGAAUGGGGCCAGUAGUGAGCCAAAAUACACAUCUCGAGGACAUGCAGAGAGAGAGGUGGAGAUCCUAAACCACUGUUUUGAUGACGUGGAGCGCUUCAUGGGACGCCUGCAGCAGGCUGCUGAGGCUCAGAGCAUCCUCAACCAGACGAAGAGGAAGAGCAGAAAAAGCAAGAAGAAAGAGAAGCAGGAUGAUGAUUUGCUGACCCUGAAAGCCUGCCCUCCACCUGAGGAGGAGUUUGUUGACAUUUUUCAGAAAGUCAAGUACUCCUUCUGUCUGCUGGACCGCCUGAAGUCAUCCAUCACAGAGCCGUCUUCUGGAGAGCUGGUGCAUCACGUCUUUAUUCCCCUGGGCCUGAUGGUGAAGACUACUGAUGGGCCAGAGAUGGGGGCGACUGUGGUCAGUCCAGCCUUGACCAGUGGUGCUGUGUCUCUACUGCAGAAACACCUGACCGAUGAAGAGAAGGAGCUUUGGAGCUCCCUAGGGCCUAACUGGACCUUACACUGCUCCCAGCUUGUUGAGUCUGUCCCUCCAUACUCACCUGUCUUUCUGGAUGGAUGGCAGCCCGAGGCCUUUGACCCAGAAGGUCAACUUUGGGAGGACCCAAUCAAGUCACAGCACAAACAGGACGCUCUUCAACACAGUGUAGAGGUAUACUUACUGUAG